ACUUAACGGAGGGAGAAGAAUGAAGGAAAGAGAAAAAUAAGGAAAAAAGAAGGGGUAAGGAAACGGAAAAAAUCCCAAAAUUUCCAUGAUAAAGCCAACAUGGAUCGUGAUGCAAUCAAAUGAUCUUUGCAUCGUAUAAACGAUAUCUCUCUUUCGACAACUCAUCACACAUACAAAAUCACCCAAUUCAUCAUCACACCCAAUUAUCUCUCUGUAAACAAUCAUUCUUCCCCCUUCAUUUCUCUGUAUCCUCAGAAUUACAAAAUUUUCACUCAUCGAUUCUCAAAAGCCUAAAAAGUAAGAGAGAGAAACCAUUCACCAAUUAUUCACUUUAUACAAUAGUACCUCUCUCUGUGUCUAUACAUGUAUACAUAUUUAUAUUGACAGCUCGGCAGACUGAAUUCUCCAUAUCAUUCUCUCUGGAGACACAGACUACACCUCGUCAUCAUCUUCAGGAAAGAGAAACAGAGAUCUCCGAAGCUGCUACAUGUAGAGAUUAGGGACAGCAGAAAGUAGGAAUUUGAAUGGUUUUGUCCUCUUUGUUGAAAGAAACGGUAAUAAGAAAGGAUCCAAUACGAUGUCUAACUCUGUGAAAGCUUUGGAACCUGCAUUUCAGGGAGCUGGUCAGAGAAUAGGAACUGAAAUUUGGAGAAUUGAGAACUUUCAGCCAGUUCCCUUGCCAAAAACUGAAAAUGGUAAAUUCUAUUCAGGCGAUUCGUACAUUGUGUUGCAGACAAGUCCUGGUAGGGGAGGUGCUUAUGUGUUGGAUAUUCACUUCUGGCUUGGGAAAGAUACAAGCCAGGAUGAGGCUGGAACCGCAGCUAUCAAAACUGUUGAACUCGAUGCAAUCCUUGGUGGACGUGCAGUACAGCACAGAGAACUCCAAGGUCAUGAGUCUGACAAAUUUUUGUCAUACUUUAAACCAUGUAUUAUACCAUUGGAGGGGGGUGUGGCAUCUGGCUUCAAGAAACCCGAGGAGGAAAAGUUCGAGACGCGGUUGUACGUCUGCAAAGGGAAACGGGUUGUAAAAUUGAAGCAGGUCAUUUUUUCUCGGUCCUCGCUGAAUCAUGAUGAUGUAUUUAUCCUUGACACUAAAGAGAAAAUUUUUCAAUUCAAUGGUGCAAACUCCAAUAUCCAGGAAAGGGCCAAGGCAUUGGAAGUAAUUCAGUUUUUAAAGGAAAAGUAUCAUGUGGGGAUGUGUGAUGUUGCAAUUGUUGAUGAUGGGAAGCUACAAGCUGAGUCAGAUUCUGGUGAAUUCUGGGUUCUAUUUGGUGGGUUUGCUCCAAUUGGCAAAAAAGUUGCUAGUGAAGAUGAUAUUAUUGCGGAGAAGACUCCUGCUAAACUUUAUAGCAUCAUUGAUAGUCAAGUUAAGAUUGUAGAUGGUGAACUCUCCAAAUCUAUGUUGGAAAACAAUAAAUGCUACUUAUUGGACUGUGGUGCUGAGAUCUUUGUUUGGGUUGGCCGGGUAACACAAGUGGAGGACCGGAAAGCUGCCAGCCAAGCAGCUGAGGAAUUCGUCACUAGCCAAAAUAGGCCGAAAUCAACACGUUUAACCCGACUUAUUCAAGGUUACGAAACUCGUUCAUUCAAGUCCAAUUUUGAUUCUUGGCCAUCAGGGGCAGCACCUUCUGCUGCUGAGGAGGGAAGAGGAAAAGUAGCAGCUUUGCUGAAGCAACAAGGUGGUGCUGUCAAGGGAAUGACCAAAGGUGCUCCUGUAAAUGAAGAAAUCCCACCUUUGCUUGAAGGAGGUGGUAAAAUCGAGGUAUGGUGCAUUAAUGGCAAUGCCAAGACUCCAAUGCCCAAAGAAGACAUAGGUAAAUUUUACGGUGGAGAUUGCUAUGUGGUUCUUUACACCUACCACUCUGGUGAUAAGAAAGAUGAUUACUACUUGUGCUGUUGGAUUGGAAAGGACAGCGUUGAGGAGGACCAAAAGAUGGCUGCUCGGUUGGCUACUUCAAUGUGCAACUCACUGAAGGGCAGACCUGUGCAGGGUCACAUAUACCAAGGGAAAGAGCCACCACAGUUUGUUGCCAUAUUUCAGCCCAUGGUUGUCCUAAAGGGUGGAAUGAGUGCUGGUUACAAAAAUUAUAUCGCUGACAAAGGUUUGAAUGAUGAAACUUAUACUGCUGAUUGUGUUGCACUCAUUCGGGUAUCUGGAACUUCUUUGCAUAACAAUAAAGCUGUACAAGUUGAUGCGGUGGCAACAUCAUUGAACUCUAAUGAGUGUUUCCUUCUGCAAUCUGGCACUUCAUCAUUCACUUGGCAUGGAAACCAGAGUACUUUUGAGCAGCAGCAAUUAGCUGCAAAAGUUGCAGAAUUUUUGAAGCCCGGAGUAGCCAUGAAACAUGCUAAAGAAGGAACUGAAAGUUCAGCCUUCUGGUUUGCACUUGGAGGGAAACAAGGUUACACCAGCAAGAAAGUAGCUCAGGAAAUUGUUAGAGAUCCCCAUUUGUUCGCGUACUCAUUCACUAAAGGAAAGUUUGAGGUUGAAGAAGUUUACAACUUUUCUCAGGAUGACCUCUUGACUGAGGACAUCUUGAUACUUGAUACACAUACGGAAGUGUUUGUUUGGGUUGGUCAGUCUGUAGAACCAAAUGAAAAGCAAAAAGCUUUUGAAAUUGGCCAGAAAUACAUAGAGAUGGCAGCAUCUCUCGAGGGGUUGUCUUUAUCUGUGCCGCUAUACAAAGUCACAGAAGGAAAUGAACCAUGCUUCUUCACAACAUAUUUUUCAUGGGAUCCUGCAAAAUCUACUGCUCCUGGAAACUCAUUUCAGAAGAAGAUUAUGCUACUCUUUGGGGCUGGUCAUGCUGUGGAGGAAAGCAACAAAGGGACACAGCACACUGCUUCAUGAGGAGUUCGAACCACUCAUUUCCCCUUUGUGAACAACCAGGAAUUAUUACGUUCCUUUUCUUAGACCUUAUUAUAUCACAAACAUUCAUAUGUGCCUUAAUGAGUGCUGAGGGGAAAUUCUCCCAAAACAGAAGUUGCAAAAUUUAUGUAACUGUUAUCUGAAGCAGAUAUUUUUAUAAGCGAUACCCAAUCUAAUUCUAGUAUUUACGUCCUAAAACAUAGAUUGAAAAAAAAAACCCUAAAGCAAUCUUUUACCAGAAUGGCAUUGUGAAUGAUGUCUAGUUCUGUUUCAUUUCCUGUCUAAAAAUAAAAGGUUUUAUAUGAUAUAAAACAUUGGGACAUUCAAAUUGAAAAAAAGCUCUUUACAUUGGCAUGUAAUAUUGCUUAACGAUUUAAAUAAAUAUGUCUUGGUAAAGUCAUGUAACCUUAAGUGAGACCGUGGACACCAAAAGACAAAAAAAUCACAAGGCAGAAAAUAGAAGGGAGUUUCCUUGAAAAGAAAAUACCCCUAAACAUCUAAGGUAAACCAUCUUAGCAAUUUAUAAGAUAUGCUGCAUUUAUGUCCUGUAUUCGUGUUGGGUUCAUUUGAACGCAACAUUUCUUCUUCUUUUUCUUUUUUCUUUUUUCCCGGUUAGUUUUCCCCACCUAGUUGGCAAGAUCUUGGUGACCAGAAAAUUUGUAUUGUCUAAUUUGUUUGCUUCUUACCACUACCUGUAAGUCUGUAUAAUAUCUCCUGUCACCUUGAAAGGGAAAGGGAGAUAUGACGUGCAGGGUUCAUGUCCUGGUUAGGAGGUGGGUAUUAAAAAUAAAAUUGAUGGGUCACUUGGAUCUCUGCAAAUUUGAUUUAUAAUUUUUAAGAAUGGGAAUUUUCUGUGGAGGAAGAAUGUGAUUUUCUAUUUUUACCUCUGAACUACUAUAGUGAGUUCUUUACUCUUUUUUUGGGCUUUUUUCAAAUUUCUUUGCUCGAGUAGAUUAGUCAUUUACGUGUCACUUCUGUUUCAGGAUUCACAAAUAGUUUGGUUUAAAGUACUCAUAGUUAUUUUUUGUGUUCAUGUGUUAGUUGGGACUGCUCUGCAGACAGAAUGGCUUCUGUUUGUAGUGAACAUAAAAUAGUAUUUAUGGGAUUUGUGUUGCAAAUUGUACUUUAAAACCUUGUGAAUUAAGCUCUUAAUUUUUAUGUUAUAUUAUAUGUUUAUGGUUUUUCAUCCUACGCAUGCUACCUGAGAGAAUUUCUGUCACAAAAAAGAGGAGGUGGUCACUGGUCAUACGCUAGAAAACUCUCUUUUUCUGUGUCUUCUUUGUGUUUAACCUUCUCACUUUGACUGUGCUUGAAAUACUGAGGAUUAACUUUUUUGGC